AUGCCCUCCGUCGAAAGCACCUCCGCAGUCUCGCGUGCUGGUAUUGCUACCUCUGCCACCGGCGAGCGUCACAUCCCCUCCUCCGUCCGCCCCGACGGCUCCGUUCGCAAAGAAAUUCGCGUGCGCCCAGGCUACCGGCCACCAGAAGACGUCGAGCUCUACAAGAACAGGACCGCCGAAGGCUUCAGAAACCGUGGCAAGGUUGGUGUGCCAGGUGCUGAAAACUUGAAGAAAGAGGAGGACCCCUCCAAGAGCAGCGUCGCAGCCAACAAGAACGCUAAGCGCAGGGAGGCAAGGAAGAAGGCUGCUGCUGAGAAAGAGGAGGAAAUUCCUGCUGAGUCUGCAGACCCUGCCGAGCCCGCCGAACCUGCGAAGCCGGUCGAUCCCGAGGCUGAGAAAGAAAAGGAAGCGAAGAAGCUGGUCAAGAAGCUGCGCCAGGCGCGAGAGCUGAAGGACAAGAAAGAGAAGGGCGAAGGACUGCUGCCAGAGCAAUUCCAGAAGGUCAUCAAGAUCAGCGAGCUUGUCAACCAGCUUGAGAAGCUCGGAUUUGAUGCACAAGGCGAGAAGAAGCCAGCUGAGACUUGA